AUGCCACCGAGACAGGCCAGACGUGGUGGAAAUCAUCUACCGAUACCUAUUUCAUCAUCUUCAGACUCUUCGCCACCAUCUACUCCGGCACCACUUCCAACUCCUAGCUUUGAGGCUACACCUUCGGGCUAUAGCUUUGAGACUGACCCGUCUGAAGGGUCAUAUGAUCAGACACCAGUGCACAUGUAUUUGUCUCCAGACCCGUACUUUAUGGACAUCGAGGUGGAUGUGGUACACGAUAGUCCAGUGCAUGGAGAUCAUCCCGCAUCUCCUGCCGCUCAUAUUCCACCAGCCCCUGCCGCACCUAUUCCGGCAGCACAACCUGAACCAGCGCCAACUGAUCCAGCUAUAAUAGCACUUCUAGAACUGAUGGCUGAGAUGGUGAAUUUGCAACAUCAAGCACUGAAUGCACAGCGUGACGCACAGAGUGCUCAGCCAGGUCCAGUACCUACCACUUCUCAUCCGGACUUCCUGAAGAUCGUCAUGAUUAUGAAGAACUUGGGGACGAUGCAUUACAAGGGAUGCACUGAUCCCUUUGAAGCUGAUGUGUGGCUUCACAAUCUCGAGCAGAACUUUGCUGCAACCCGUUGUCCGGAAGAAUUCAAGAAUGACGUGGCUGUUUACUAUCUGGAGAAGGAUGCCAUCAGUUGGUGGUUAUGUGUAGAGAGGAACUUUGGAGACUUUGAUCUGAGUUGGGCUGACUUCCGUACAGCGUUCGUUCGAAAGUACUUCCCACCGGAGGCCCGUGAUCGUUUGGAGAUUAAGUUCAUGGAGCUAGUUCAGGGAGGAUUAUCUGUUAGGAAGUCUGAGGCAGAGUUCACCUGUCUCAAGAAGUAUGUCCACUAUGGUCGGGAGGACGAGAUGAUGAUUAUCCGUAAGUUCCUUCGAGGACUUAACCCAUAUAUCGGGAGCAGACUUGAGGCAGUAGAGUUUCAUAGGCUUGCUGAUCUUGUUGAGCGUGAUGUGAAUGUUGAGGAGGCCAUUGCUGCUGAGAGAGCUUCUUCUAACCAUUCCUCACCACCGAGACGACCAUCUGUUCCGUUCCAUCCUCAGCCGCAUUCUGCUAUGCAGCGAGGACGAGGAGGUAGAGCUUAUCGGGGAGGUCGUUCUGGAGGUCCUAGACCUAGAACGCCGACUUGUUUCACUUGUGGCCAGCUGGGCCAUGUUAGGCGAGAUUGUCCGAACGUGGGACAGUUCCAACAGUUUGUACCAUCUCACAUCACUUUUAACCCACCUUUACCCUUAUCUCCUGCUAAGCGUCAAGCCACCACUGGUAGGGCUUACGCUUUAGAGUUACCCGGACCAUCCGGACCACCUCAGGGUCCGAUUUCAGGGACUUUGCUUGUGGGUGGAAUAUUCGCCCAUAUCCUUUUAGAUUCGGGAGCAACACAUAGUUUUGCAGCUCCCGAAGUAGCAUCCAGAUUUGAUGGAGAAUUCACUAAGGUGAAUUUAUCCAUUCCCGUUCUAACUCCCGGAGAUCAAGUUCUUGAAACUGAAGGCUGUAUUCUAAGAGUUCCAAUCAUUAUCCAAGAUAUGAUUUUCCCGGCUCAUCUGUUAGUUCUCCCAUUAGAGAGGUACGAGGGUGAAGAAGUGUACUUAGUGACCUUGGUUGCUGGACCAGUAGAAGACGAGAAAGAGGAGAACAUGGAAGAAAUACCAGUAGUCAGAGAAUAUGAGGACGUGUUUAAGGCAUUAGAGGGAUUGCCGUCAUCUAGGAGUAACCCCUUUAGUAUAACCUUAGAACCCGGAUUAGCUGCAAUAACAAAGGCACCAGCAGAACUUGCUGAGUUGAAGCAGCAGUUAGCUGAUUUGUUAGACAAGGGUUUCAUACGUCCUAGUUCAUCACCAUGGGGAGCACCCGUGCUGUUUGUAAAGAAGAAAGCCAGAAGCAUGCGGUUAUGUAUUGAUUAUCGUGGAAUCAAUAAUGUAACCAUAAAGGACAAGUACCCACUCCCAAGAAUUGAUGAGCUGUUAGACUAG